AUGUUGCUCGUCCUGGUCAAGCCACUGUCCGCUCAUCCUCAGUGUCUGGACUUCGAGCCACCUUUCAAACCCCCGUCGCACCUGGAGUUUUGCACCCAGUACGAGAUGUUUGGCUGCUGCGACCAGGACUCGGACAACACGAUUGCAGAGAGAUACUGGGACGUGAUUGACCAGUUGGAUACGGCGGGUCAUGAGCUCUGUGAGGACAUGUUGAAGGAAAUCAUGUGCCAGGAGUGCUCUCCAUAUGCCGCCCACCUCUAUGAUGCCGAGGACCCCUACACCCCCGUCAGAGAGCUGCCUGGCCUUUGCCUCGCCUACUGCUCCGAGUUCCACGGCAAAUGUCGCCACGUGGUUCAAUAUUUAACCGAGAACCAGCUGCUGCGGGACACGGCCGAGCGAGACGCGUCCGCGUUCUGCAGCCUGACGGACUUGUCCGACCGGGACUACUGCUACCCCAACGUCUUGAAGAGCCCCGACCUCAACAGCAACCUGGGACAGGUGGCGGAGGACCCCAAAGGGUGUCUCCAGGUGUGCCUGACAGAGGUGGCCAACAGCCUCAGGAACCCCGUGUUGAUGCUCCACGGCGGCGACGGCACACAUCGCAUGUUCGUCGCCGAGCAGCUGGGCUUCGUGUGGGUUUACCUGCGUGACGGCAGCCGGCUGGAGCAGCCCUUCCUGGACAUCAGCGGGGAGGUGAUCACGACGCCCUGGCUGGGGGACGAGAGGGGCUUCCUGGGCAUGGCCUUCCACCCCGAGUACCGGGACAACGGGCGCUUCUUCAUCUACUACUCGAUCCAGGUCAACAACGAGCGGGAGAAGGUCAGAGUCAGCGAGAUGAAGGUGUCCGCCCACGAUAUGAACAUGGCCGAUCCGCACUCAGAGAGAACCAUUCUCGAGAUCGUGGAGCCGGCCGCAAACCACAACGGAGGCCAGCUGCUGUUCGGUCUCGAUGGAUGUUUGUACAUCUUCACCGGAGAUGGUGGAAAAGCCGGCGAUCCAUUUGGGCAGUAUGGCAAUGCGCAGAACAAGAGUGCUCUCUUGGGAAAAGUGCUCCGCAUUGAUGUCGAUGGAAGUGACUCCAGUGGGAAGCGGUACAUGAUCCCCCCUGAUAACCCAUUCCUGCGCGACUUGGAGGCCCGUCCAGAGGUGUAUGCGUACGGGGUCAGGAACAUGUGGCGCUGCUCUGUGGACCGCGGAGACCCGGUCAGCCGCUACGGCAGGGGACGGAUAUUCUGUGGAGAUGUGGGUCAAAACCGCUUCGAGGAAAUCGACAUCAUUGUGAAGGGAGGAAACUAUGGAUGGAGAGCUAAAGAGGGCUUUGAGUGCUUUGAUAUCAACCUGUGCUACAACUCCUCCCUGAAUGACGUCCUCCCCAUAUUUGCAUACAGUCAUCAUGUUGGGAAGUCUGUGACGGGGGGAUAUGUGUACAGAGGAUGUGAGUCACCCAAUCUGAACGGACUGUACAUUUUUGGAGACUUCAUGACUGGACGACUCAUGGCGUUGGAGGAAGAUAAAUCAAAAGGAAACUGGGAGGAGAAACGUCUGUGCAUGGGGGAAACAAAGACGUGCUCGUUUCCUGGACUCAUCAAUCACCACCACAAGUUCAUCAUCUCGUUUGCUGAGGAUGAAGCCGGGGAACUUUAUUUUUUGGCCACCGCGAACCCCGGUACCACGUCUCCUCAUGGAACUGUUUUCAAAUUCAUGGACCCCUCCAGGAGAGCUGCUCCAGGACAAUGUAAGCAAAAGACGCUGCCUGUCGAAGUCAGGGGGAGAACAUUUCCUUUUGUGCCUCAAGAAUUGACUUUGCUGGACACAAAUUUAAAACCGACCAGACCGCCACCAAGAAAAUUCAAACUCACCGCCAAACCAACGGAGACGAGGAGCAACGUCACGCCGACAACAGCCGCCGCCAGCGAGGCCACGACGGGCGCUGCUACGACGGGCGCUGCCACGCCGGGCGCUGCCACGACGGACGCUGCUACGACGAGCGCUGCUACGACGGACGCUGCCACGAAGCCGAAAUGGAAAUCACUCGAUAAGAAAGCGAGGAAGAAAAACAAGUUAAAACUAUGGAAGAAAAAGAAAGAGCAGAAAAAGAAGCAGGCUAAAGCACACGCGAAGAAGAAAACCGUGAGACAGAAAUCCAAAAAGGCGUCCGUGAUGAAGCCUGUCAGAGUCAGAGUCAAACCAACAAUUAACACAACUGCAGUGCUGUUAGCGCCCUGAAGAGAAACAGCCUGAAACAAAGGGCGAUCCACAUGAGGAAGGUAGCUUCUUCUGCACAGAGAAGUCCAGUCGGACAGAAGAAAAACAGCACUGAGUUGAAAGAAUCUGCCGAACAAUAUCAUUCCUGCAUGAACAAAACUAAGACAAACUUGAAAGUGAGAACCAACCGAUCUGUGCAAAACCAACUUCAGGGAAAGAAAGCAAGCGAAAAAAGCACUUUCAAAUGUGUAUUUUUUAUGUAUUUUGUAUA